AUGCUUCGUUUUCUCAAUUCGGAAGCUAUUGACCGCCGAGAUGCGAUUAACGACGCCCUCUCGCUCGCGAGUCGGGUCAAGAUCAUGAGAUUCCGGCCGAGUAGUCACGGAAAUGCUCGUAUGCAACGACGAACACGAAUAGAGCUGUGGAAGAAUCGCAGCGUUUGCGCUGGAGGAACACGUUUUCGGGAAAAGAACUCAAACGCAUGUGAUAAAGCAAUAAAUGAACGAGGCAGUGACUGGUUGUGCUAUCCAAAAGAGGGAGCGACGUUCGCAAAAGUGGACGAUUGA